GUAUGAUCAGUUUCGUGGGAGAAUUCAGUUGAGGCGGUUGUGCAACAAUGAUACUCUUGUGGCUGAUCGUUGCUUUAAGUGUGCUGCUGCACUGGCUCUACAAAGUCAACAAGGACUACUACAUUCUGUCCUUCUUCUCCAGAAGAAUUCGUACUAAGGAUGGAGCACCUGUGGAGAGCAUAGCUCCCAUACCCAAAGGUAGAACCAUAUUCGCCAACACCUUCGACUUGUACGGCAGAGACCACGCUGGUGUAUUUAAUCACUCGCGUGAUCGCGCUAAAAAAAUGGGUACUAGCUACAUUGAAUAUGCCUUUGGAACGUCCAUUUACAACAUUAUUGACGCGGAUAGUGCGGAAAAUGUAUUAAAUCACCCGAAUUUGAUAACCAAGGGACUGGUCUACAACUUUCUUCAUCCAUUUUUGAGGACUGGCCUGUUGACAUCGACUGGAAAGAAAUGGCAUGCACGUCGCAAGAUGCUCACCCCAACAUUUCAUUUCAAUAUAUUAAAUCAGUUCCAAGAGAUCUUCAAAACGGAGAGUCUUAAGUUUUUACAACAGUUUAAGGGUCAAGAUGAGGUAACCAUAUCAUUGCAUGACGUUAUACCAAGAUUUACUCUAAACAGUAUUUGUGAGACGGCCAUGGGUGUUAAGCUUGAUGAAAUGGCCGAGAAGGGCGAUCGCUACAGGGAAAACUUCAGCCAGAUUGAAGAAUGUUUCAUUCGACGUUUGAGUAACCCACUUUUGUGGGGCGAUUCCCUGUUUAACAUGUUUGCUGCCAAGGAUUAUGCUUCAGCCCUUGAUGUGGUGCAUGGAUUUUCCAGCGAGAUUAUUGCCAAGCGGAGAGUUUUGCUGGAGGGAGAGCUGGACAACAGACGAGCCACCCAAACUGCUGACGAUGAUGUGUUUAUCACAAAGAAGCGAUUCGCCAUGCUGGACACCUUGAUUUGCGCUGAAAAAGAUGGCCUCAUCGAUCACAUUGGCAUUUGUGAGGAGGUGGAUACCCUCAUGUUCGAGGGCUACGAUACCACCUCAAUUGGUCUUAUAUUUGGCCUGAUGAACAUGUCUCUGAAUCCUGAUAAACAAGAAAUAGUCUUCCAGGAGAUCCAGGAGCACAUAGAUGAUGACUUGAGUAACUUGGACGUGGGUCAAUUGAAUAAGCUGAAAUACCUGGAGUACUUUAUGAAGGAAACCAUGCGCUUAUAUCCCUCGGUUCCCAUUAUGGGACGUGAAGCCGUUCAGGAAACGGAAUUGGCCAAUGGUCUGAUCCUGCCAAAGGCUUCUCAGAUAACCAUUCAUGUGUUUGACAUUCAUCGCAAUGCCAAGUACUGGGACUCUCCGAAUGAGUUCCGACCAGAGAGAUUUCUACCCGAAAAUUCCCAGAACCGUCAUACCUACGCCUACAUUCCAUUCAGUGCUGGCCAAAGAAAUUGUAUUGGUCAAAAGUAUGCCAUGCAAGAGAUGAAAACAUUGAUGGUGGUUCUUCUAAAGCAAUUCAAGAUACUGCCAGCAAUCGAUCCAAAGGACAUUGUCUUUCACACGGGAAUAACUCUGCGCACCCAAAACAAGAUUCACGUAAAGCUAGUGAGGUUCAGUUUUGCGAGAGAAGUCGGUGGCUGCUGUUGUGCCAAAAUGAUAGUCUUGUUGUUGGUCGGAGCUUUUAGUGCACUUCUGUGCUGGCUUUAUAGAAUCAACAAGGAUUACUGUGUUCUUGGCUUCUUCGCCAAGAGAAUUCGAACAAAGGAUGGGAAGCCCUUAGAAAGCGUAGCUCCCUUAGUCAAGGGCACUACCAUAUUUGCCAACAGCUUCGAUUUAUACGGGGUAGAUCACUCUGGUGUAUUCAAUCACUCUCGUAAUUUGGCAAAACAAUUGGGUGAGAACUAUGUGGAAUAUGGAAUGGGAACGUCGAUUUAUAAUAUUAUCGAUGCGGAAAACGCGGAAAAUGUUCUUAACGAUCCGAAUUUGAUAAAUAAGGGAAUAUUUUACAAUUUACUGCACCCAUUUUUGAAGACUGGUUUAUUGACAUCGACUGGAAAGAAAUGGCAUUCACGGCGUAAGAUGCUUACCCCAACGUUCCAUUUUAAUAUAUUGAAUCAGUUUCAGGAGGUUUUCAAAACGGAGAGCCUUAAGUUUCUACAGCAAUUUAAGGGUCAAGAUGAGGCAAUCAUCUCAUUGAACGAUGUUAUACCCAGAUUUACUUUGAACAGUAUUUGUGAGACGGCCAUGGGUGUUAAACUAGAUGAGAUGGCCGAGAAGGGCGAUCGCUACAGGGAGAACUUCAGACAGAUUGAAGAAUGUUUUAUUCGUCGAAUGACAAACCCACUUUUGUGGAGCGAUUCACUGUUCAAUAUGUUUGCUGCCAAGGAUUAUGCUUCUGCGCUCGAUGUGGUACAUGGAUUUUCUAGUGAGAUUAUUGCCAAGCGAAGAGUUUUGCUGAAAGAUGAGUUGGACAACGGAGAAGCCACUCAGACUGCUGACGAUGAUGAAUUCAUCCCAAAGAAGCGAUUUGCCAUGCUGGAUACCUUGAUUUACGCUGAAAAGGAUGGCCUAAUCGAUCACACUGGCAUUUGUGAGGAGGUGGACACCCUAAUGUUCGAGGGAUACGAUACCACCUCAAUUGGGCUUAUAUUUGGUCUGAUGAACAUGUCUCUGAAUCCUGACAAGCAAGAAAUAGUCUACCAGGAGAUUCAGGAGCAUAUAGAUGAUGAGUUAAGAAACUUGGACAUCAGUCACCUAAAUAAGCUCAAAUACCUGGAAUACUUUAUUAAAGAAACCAUGCGUCUAUUUCCUUCUGUUCCCGAUAUGGGUCGGGAAACCAAUCGGGAAACGGAGCUGGCCAAUGGUCUUAUUCUGCCAAAGGGCUCCCAGAUUGUCAUUCAUGUGUUUGACAUCCAUCGAAACCCCAAGUACUGGGAUUCCCCUGAUGAAUUCCGUCCGGAGAGAUUCCUGCCCGAAAAUUGCCAGAAUCGUCACACCUACGCCUACAUUCCAUUCAGUGCUGGCCAGAGAAAUUGUAUUGGUCAAAAGUAUGCCAUGCAGGAGAUGAAAACACUGAUGGUGGUUCUCCUGAAGCAUUUCCAUGUUCUGCCAAUUAUCGAUCCCAAGGAAAUAGUGUUUCAAACGGGGAUAACUCUGCGAACUCAGAACAAAAUUAAAGUGAAGCUUGUGAGAAGAAAGUGACUCAGCCUUAAGGGAAAGGAUUUAUUCCAGGAACUCUGUUACUCAUAAAAUGCAAUGUAGAAUGCCUCUAUCCAAA